AUGACAAAUUUAUCUCAAAAUUGGAAAAGACUAAAUACAAAAAUAAGGACUCAAGAUGAGACAAGCAACCAAUUGAAACCGAAUAAAAAAUUCAACAAGAUAGAUAAACCACAACAUAAUAAUGGUAAUAAAAUACGGCUGAAAACAUUAUCAAUACGUAAAAAUAAUAAUAAACAUGAACAAUCACUACAUAUAAACCCAGUCAACAAACAAAACCUAGUUAGUCCAAUGGAAUAUAUACUAUGGACAAAAGAAGGUAAUAAAAACAUUUUAAAAUCAGAAAUUCCCAAUCAACCUCAAUUACUACAUAAAUCACAAAAAGAUAAAAGAAAACAACCAGGUAAAUAUAUAGCAAUGGAUUGUGAAUUUGUUGGUGUUGGUCCAGAAGGUGAAAAUUCAGCAUUAGCUAGAGUAACAAUUAUUAAUUAUUAUGGUCACGUAUUAUUGGAUGAAUAUGUACAACCAAAAGAAAAAAUUACAGAUUUUAGAACUUGGGUAUCUGGAAUUCAACCAUGGCAUCUUAAAAAUGCUCUAAGUUUUGAAAAAGCUCAACAAUUAACUAAUGAUUUAAUUACCGGAAAGAUAUUAAUUGGUCAUGCUUUAAAUAAUGAUUUAAAUAAAUUAUUUUUAGAUCAUCCCUUUUCCAUGAUUAGAGAUACUUGUAAUUUUCCCACAUUCAAGAAAAUUACAGGUGGGAGGAAUCCUAGUCUAAAAAAAUUGAGUGAACAUUUUUUAGGAAUUGAUAUACAAGUUGGAGAACAUGAUCCAAUUGAGGAUUCAAGAGCUACUAUGUUAUUAUUUAGAUUAUUUAAACGAGAAUUUGAAGAAAGUAUGCGUAAUAAAAAGUAG